AUGGUUCGUAAGAAAGGCUCUCUGAUACUAUGUGGCGGUUUCCUGUUCGUAGCCUGGAACGCUCUCCUCCUGCUGUAUCUUUGGGGCCGCCCCCUCAGCGGUCGCCUCGGGGAGGGCGGGGGAGCUGAGCCUGUGGGGAAGGAGGAGUGGGGGGUGGGCAGAGGGAAGGGAGGUCAGGUCAACCUGGCGGGAGAGGUCAUCCGGCUGGCAGAGGAGGUGGAGGUUCAGCUGGAGACGCAGAAAAAGCUGCUGAAGCAGAUCGAGGGUCACAGGGCGGUGUGGGCCCGGCAGAGGGACGUCGGGAAGAGGGACACUGAGGACAAAAAAGACAUCAAACAUGAAAUGGUCCAACAGGAACAGAAACAUCCUCCUCCUGUCAGAGACGGUGUGGAGGUCAGAGAGCAGGCGGAGGCCAAAGAGACUCAGAAACCUGCUCUGACGGCGGUGUCUGACUCUAAGGUAGAGCAGCAGCACGCCACGGACACAAAAGAGGAGGAGGAGGCAAAAACCGAUAAAUCAUCAACCUCCAGCCCUGAGGUGGUCAUCCCCAUCCUGGUCAUCGCCUGCGAUAGAGUGACUGUCAAACGCAGCCUUGACAAACUCAUCCAGUACCGCCCCUCACCAGAACUCCACCCAAUCAUCGUCAGCCAGGACUGCGGCCACGCAGACACGGCCCGUGUGAUUCGCUCAUAUGGAGAUCAGCUGACUCACAUAAGCCAGCCGGACCUGUCGGACAUCAGAGUCAGGCCCGAGCACAGGAAGUUCCAGGGGUACUACAAGAUCGCCCGACAUUACCGCUGGGCGCUAAACCAGGUGUUCAACACAUUUUCCCACUCCAGUGUGGUCAUCGUGGAGGACGACCUGGAGGUGAGUGUCAUACAAACCUGACGCACCUCACACCUGUAAUCUGAGGUGAAUGAUACCUCAUCGGACAGGUGAGCAUCAGCAGAGAUAAAAAAUUAAUAUGUUACACUCCACUUGGCGUCUCUACAGCUCCAGAGUCUACAGAUUAAUAUCUACUGUGUUUAUAAACAGUAAUCUGACUUAAGAUGAGUUCUUACAGAAAGAACCAAACAGGUAAAAAGUUUUGUAAUGCUAAAAAAACAUCUGGAGGAACAUCUCCAACUAAUGAGGAGAAUUUCCAACAGGUAAGUGACAUGACUGAGUAUAAAAAGGACAUUCAGAGAGGCUGAGUCUCUCAAGAGGUAAGAAAAGAAGAGGUUCACUUCUCUGUGAGAGACUGUGUGAGCUAAUAGUUUAACAGUUUCAGGAUAAUGUUGGUGAGUGUCAAAUAUGAAAGAAUGAGUGGAUUUCAUCAUCUACAGUACAUAAUAUCAUUCAUUGAUUCAGAGAAUCUGGAGAAAUUUCUGUAGAAAAGGGACACGGACCAAAACCAAGACUGGGUGGUCUUGAUCUUCAGGCCCUCAGGCAGCUCUGCAUCAAAAACAAACAGGACUCUGGGGUGGAAAUCACUGCAUGGGCUCUAAAUCACUUCAAAAACCAUUGCCUGUGAACACAGUUAAUCUCUGCAUCCACAAGUGAGGGUCAAACUGAACACGCAAAAAGGAAACCAGAUAAAACAGGAUCCAGAAACACCAGAGACUGACCAAUCAGAAUCUGACACUCGUUUGGGAAAUCGUGGACGCUUCAUCCUCCUCUCUAAAGAGCAGAGGGACCACCCGGCUUGUUCACAGCUACCAGUUCAAAUCCAGCAUUUUAUAUAAUUGGUGUUACAUAAAAGUUUAAGCGAAGUUCAUUAAAACUGUGAUAUUCAGUAAUAAACUGUGAAAGUUAGAAAUAUUGCCUCCUUGUAUUAAACGUUGUUGUAAAGACUGUUUAGGGUUUAUAGAAAUAGAGUCAGACUCUGUGAAGAGUGUGAGUAGACAUGACUCUACCCGGGAAAUAAACAGAAAACACUUCCUUGGCAUAAUACCACAGUCUCAACACCACUAAAUAUGCUUUAGAUUUAUGAUCUUUAAAUUUCGUUGUAAAUUGCAGCUGUGUGAUCCCACGCCUGUCUGCUCCAUCAUCACACCAAAUGGAAAUUGCUCCGUUUUCUCAUGCCUUAAUUUGCGCACAUUUCCCCUCGGUCCAGACGUGUUCCGUAACCCUGGAACUGGAACAACAGAGUGGAGGUCUGAGGGUUUGAAGGCUCAUAAUGAUCCUCCUGCUGGUGGGUCUGUCUGCUCUGAGAGCUCACACAGCCUCUCUGUGGCUGCAGUCUAAUUACAUGUGGCUCACAUUCAGAUGUGGGUUAAUGAUGAGUAGAACUGCUCCCUCUGGUUCCUCAUUUGUCUUAAAUAAUCUUCACUAAAGUCGAGUUUCCCGUGAGCAGCAGAAAACAGUCUCUGCUCAGUUCGUCUUUGUUUGGUUUGUUUAAAUUUCAGCAGAAUCGUAGAAUGAAAACUAUUAGAUAAUCAGAGCAUACUGGAUCAUCUCAGUCUGCAUGUUGAGCUUUACCUGAUAAUUGGAUUAUAUACGCUGCUGCUGAGCUUUGGGGAUGGAAGAGAGCUGGUAAAACCAGAAGUGAACAUACAGCCGUAAAAAGUGCCCCAGCAGCAGGAAACGGAGGACAGGAAACUCUGGGUAAUUUUGACUAGAAGCAGCAGCUGGAGGGAGAAACCGUUCUCUGUAAAUCAGCUAUUAUUUCAGCUCUGAGCAGGAAAAUCUGGGUUUACUUAUGUAACCGCUCAGCACUGGCUUCCUCUUUUCUUUACUGCUGACGACUCAGACCGAUUCAAAGACCAACUUGGCCUGUUUGGAGCCGAACUAUGAAUCAGAGACCCCCUGACAGACUGGCAGAUUGAAACGCUUCAUGUUUUAAUGCUCAUCAUAUUCGUGCAAUAUUUUCAUACAUGUGUAAAAGGCAACAGUAAACAGAUUAUGGGGAGUGAGGGAGAGGGGCAGAUGGAGCAUGGCAUGAACCAAAUGUUCCCAUCUGGACGAGAACCAGCGAUGUUGCAACGACAGAAGUGAGGUUUUAAACCCCAAGUCCCCCAGGACCAUCCAUAAAAAACUGUUUCUGACAGCCUGAAAGGAGAUUUUCCUCCAUGAACUCAGAGUCCAAAGACGGACCCUGAUCCACCUCAAACUAGAGCUGCAACUAAAAUAAUAAUAAAAAUACUAUAUAAUUCCUUGUGUUUCAAUAGGGCUCUCGUCGCUGGGUCUGGCUCUAAUAAGAAAAUCAGAAUGGGCAGUUUGUAAAUCAUCUCAGAUAUCAAACACAUCCACACCUGAAGCUGAAAAAUGGGACUGUUCCAUGAUAAAUCUGCUCAUCACAAAUCUGCUAAAUCAUGUUUCUCAUUGUGUGUCCUCAUCUCUUCUUUCCUAAACUCUCUGUGAACCCAGCAGACCGGGUCUGAAAGUGAAAUGUCCCAUUUUUGAGGAUUUCUGCUGUCAACAAUUCAGGGUCUCCUUUCUCCUGUUUUUGUGUCACGAUGCUCCAAAAUUAUUUAGAGCCAAAGACUGCAGGCAUCCAUGAUCUCCAAAAGAAUUGUCUGAUACCAUCAGGGAUGCUGGAUUUGGACUGGGAGCUGAGAACAAACGGAUGGUCCCUCUACUCUUUAGAGAGGAGGGUACAGCGUCCAUGAUUUCCACAAAGAAUGUCAGAUUCUGAUUGGUCAUUCCCCUCAAUGGAUGGACUCCUCUUUCUAUCUGGUUAUCUCUUUGCAUGGUUCAGUUUGAACCUCAUUUGCUCAUUUUUCAGUGAGUUUUAGUCUUUAAAUGACACAAACCAACAGAUGAAACAGCAUUGUGAUGUUGUUUAAACUGGAUUGAGAUUUUUUAUACAUCAAACCUGAAAAAUGUCUUAUUUAUUUGGGUCAAGUGAACAAAGGUCGAGAUUUCCAGCCUGUAAGAUUGAAACAGAGGAAAGGUAGCUGUGAAUUUCAGAGCACAAAGGUUUAGUAUUUUAUGCUAAUUCCUCAGUCAUGAUUUACAGCCUAAUACACCUUCAGAUAUAAACCUAAACCCGACCCAACUAUGAUCCAGUAAGAACUGGUGUCAAAAACAGCAGCAGGAUCAAUAACAGGUUAAAACAAAGAUCCCUUGUUUCAGAGAGGUGAGGUAAGGUUUCUAGAAAAAAAACACCUUUUUCCUGUUUCUACUUCCUUGAUACCCACCCUGACACACCAGCUUUAAAAACCCAUUUCCUCAAAGUACAGACUCAGGUCACUGACCCUCUGAUCCUCCAUAUAAGUGAAAGUGAACCAGAAUCGAGGUUGGACUCACCCCUGUAGUCUGUAAACUCAGAGUAAAGGUUAAUCCAGGACAAAGACACUCAGAUUAAAUUACGGCUAAACUAAACCCAACCACAAUCUUCCCAUCAGGCUCGAAUUACCCAGCAUUCUCUGGGAGCCCGACCUGCAAGGUGACAGGUGAGGGUGUGGUGUUUAACCAGGUCACGCUGCCGGAUGACGAUGUUGUGGGAACUGAAGGAUUUUAUUCAUGAAUUUAUAAAACCGUUAAAUUAAUGACAGAAGUCCCUUUUUUCUCAGUGGCUCUCUGCCUCAUCUUCACUCUUUCUGCUGUUUUUGUCUUCAGUUCCCAGGUCUUAAAUUUUAAACAGACACAAAAACUGUUUACCAAAAUGACUAAACUAUGACAACAAGCCUCAUUUGUAAAAGGCAUCUGUGGGAACAGACAGUUUAUUGAAACCAAAAGUAAUGGGUUCAAGAUUUCCAGAGUGUCCUAUUCAUGAAUGUUCAAAUUAUAAAGGGAUAUUUCAGUAUUUUUGGAGUGGGUGGUAUGGGGUUAAUUCUACUAUUUUACAAUUUUUAAUUAAUUUAUAUUGUUUAAAAAAAUCGUUUUUUAUUUUCAAAUUUAAGAAUAAAUCUUAAAAACUUACUAACAUGUGAUGUGUAUUUUUUGGGGAAAUAUGGUUCCUGGAAUAGUUAGAAGACAAUCAUAAUCAUUCAACUGUUUCGCUGGUGUUAAAAACGCAGACCAAAAAUCAAGAAAAUCGACAAUAUCGUAGAAUUGCAAUUUAUAUCAAAUCGGUAUCCAAAAAUAUCGUAGAAAAAUUGAAUCAGGAGAAAAGCAUAUCGACCCAGCCCGAGUACUUAGCACAGGCUAGCGGCAGAGUCCAGUUUGGAGAGGCAGAAAAAUGUUUUUUUAACAUACAUAUAUUAUAAUACAGGAGAUUUACAAGAGUAUACUAAUGCGGAAGACGGUUGGAAAGAGGGGUAAAUUACAGUAGUUUUCCAACCAAAACAGAAUACUUGACAGCCAUGCGUCUGUGCAGCAAACUUUCUGAUGGUAAAGAGCUAAAAAGUUUCUCUCUGGGGCGAACAUUAGUCCCUAAAUUAGAUUAAGUAUGUGGAAGAGUCACCCUGUCUGCAGGAAAAUGUAGGCUAGCAUGCGUGCAGGUCCCCUUGCAGUUUUUCAUUAAAGAGGCGGAGCUUAUAACGCUUAUAGUGACAUGUGACUCAUACAGCCUCGCCUUAAUUAACAAUGAAAUAUCCCUUUAAAUUUUUGUCUCAUUCUGCUUUGAUCCUGCAGGUGGCGCCUGACUUCUUUGAGUAUUUCCGGGCGCUGUACCCAAUCCUGCGCUCAGACCCCUCCCUGUGGUGCAUUUCUGCCUGGAACGAUAACGGCAGGGACGCGCUGGUGGAUCCGGCCCGGGCGGAGCUCCUCUACAGGACGGACUUCUUUCCCGGGCUGGGCUGGAUGCUGCUGAAGGACAUGUGGGACGAGUUGGAGCCCAAAUGGCCCUCGGCCUUCUGGGAUGACUGGAUGCGUCAGCCGGAGCAGCGUAAAGACCGCUCCUGCGUCCGUCCUGAGAUCUCACGGACAAUAACGUUCGGGCGUAAAGGUGUGAGUCUGGGUCAGUUCUUCGACCAGUACCUGCGCUACAUUAAACUCAACACGGAGUUUGUGCCUUUCACCAAACUGGACCUAUCCUACCUGCUCAAAGACCAGUAUGGGGUCAAGUUCAUCCUGCAGGUCUACAGCGCCCCCCUGGUGAAGAUCGAGGACCUGCAACAAGGGGGCAGCUUAAAAGGUCCGGGACCAUUCAGAGUCCAGUAUUCCAGCCGGGACAGUUUCAAAGUCUUUGCUAGAAAUUUAGGCGUCAUGGACGACCUGAAGUCUGGAGUCCCUCGCACAGGUUACAGGGGCGUGGUCAGCUUCCUGUACCGGGGCCGCAGGGUGUUUUUGGCGCCCCCUGAGGGCUGGACUCAUUAUGAUGUCAGCUGGAGCUGA